CAAACAGCUGUGAUUUCGGGACGCUUGCCAACACUGUCAUUUGUGUACGCGUAAAUCGCGCAGAUUUUUUGUUGUGCUGUGGAAUGUCUUGUAAAAGUGCUAAUUGGGCGAGGCAGAUCAUGUAAAUCUGGGCGCACCCCACAAAAUGUAAAUGCACCCGUACCCGGCCGCAGUAACUUUUCACUCGGAGGAUGUACUUUCCCGUGGGCUGGCCCAAGCGGGUGGGCCUGGCGCUGCCCGGCGAGAGCGCCAGCAUCCGGCACAUUUGCUGCGACGCGGUCAAAAUACUCGUUGCCGCCGUGGGCGAUGGCUUCCUGGGCAUCUGGUAUGCGAAUCCGCUCAUUCCCAUCGCCUACUUCCGGCGCACGGAGGACUCCCUGCGACAGUACGGCGCCAACCAGCUGAUCGUGUGGAAGCCGGACUCCCGGCAACUGGCCCUGCUCACCGCCUCCGGUGCCCUGUUGCUGUACCAACUGGACUUCGACGCCAACGGCAGUGGGAUCCUGCUGCAGGUGGAUCCGCCGGCAGCCAGCCUCAAACGCGACUCCGCCGAGCUGUUCAUCAAGGAGAACAUCCCCCGACUAAGCCUGCGCGAGCUAUGCAGCGUUACUCUGGGCUCCGUCAUCACCACAGUGUGCUGCAUCAGCCUCAGCGAACUGCUCCUGGCCACCCAGUCCUGCGAGCUGCUGCGUCUGCAGUGGUCUCAGCUGGAGCACGCCGAUAAAGAACUGGAGCUGCCGGCCCUAGCUGCCAUUAAGCUGCGCGACAUUCCCUUCUACGUGCAGCAGCAGUCGCAGCAGGCCUCCGCCCGGAAUGUGCCGCCCCUGAGCAGGGACUCCUACGUAGCCUCACUGGAAUACUCGCCGUUCAUCGGCGGCUGUGCGGCCGUCUUCAGCGACCGUCGGGCCGCCUUCCUGAUUGCCAACCAUCUGAGAUUUGAGACCGACCACAUGCACGGCUUCUGGGUGCCGGACGUGGAGGAUGCCAGCGUCUGCAGUGGCAACCACAAGUUUCGACUGUUGGCCUACGGGCAGGAGAGUUCGGCGGUGAAUGUGUAUGCGAUUGAUGACGCCACCGGAGGACUGGAGUUCUCGCACCGUCUGAUGCUGACGGAGAAUGUGCUGCCAGGCAGUCUGGGGGCGGUGAACGAGCUGAAGUGGAGCCCGGACGGCUGCGUUCUGGCCGUUAGUUGGACGAAUGGCGGACUGUCCCUUUGGAGCACCUUCGGAGCAUUGCUGAUGUCUACUUUGAGCUGGGACUUUGGUCUAAACGUAGAUCUAGUGCGCCAAAAUCCACUCAAACUCCGUCGCCUCGAGUGGUCUACCGAGGGCUAUCAACUGUUCAUGCUGACGCAACAGCCGCCGGAACAGCAGGAGAAAGACAAGGGCAAUGUGCUGCAGCUGCAGUUCGUGAAGAGCGCGCUAAGCAUGAAUCCCUGCAUGACGACCAAUCCGCACAUCCUGCUGCAGGGAGACGACUGUCUGUACCUAAACCAGGGCAACAAUCUGGAGCUGACAUACGCCGGGAGCCAGGCCACGUUCCCCGCGAGCGGCGUGGGCUCUGCUGAAGAGGCCUCCGGAGACGGCGACUGUCUGGAGCUGAAACAGAGCCCGCACACGGGCAGCAUUCUCACGGAGAGUAAGUACUGGACCGUCUUGCAACUGCCACUGAACUACGCGGCCACCAACUGGCCAAUCAGAUAUGCGGCAAUCGAUCCGGACGGCCUUCAUUUGGCGGUGGCUGGGCGCACUGGACUGGCCCACUACUCGCUGGUCACCCGUCGAUGGAAGCUCUUCGGCAACGAGUCGCAGGAAAAGGAUUUCGUGGUCUCCGGCGGCCUGCUCUGGUGGCAUGGCUUCGUGGUCAUGGGCUGCUACUCGCUGCUGGACCGCACGGACGAGUUGCGCUGCUAUCCAGCUGACUGCAAACUGGACAACCAAUUCGGCCACAAGCUGCAGGUGCGAGCACCUGUUAUAAGCCUCAACUCGUUCCGAAACCAAUUGAUUGUACUCACUGCCGAUGGGAUCGUUAGCCUGUUCAACAUGUCUAAAAAAUCGGCCUACGCCCUGGAUGUUGAGUGCGCCUACGAGCUCGAUGUGAAGAGCAUCUGCAUCCACCCUGCCUGCAUUGUGAGUCUGACCGUCACGAACCUCAAGAACGAACUGAAGCCGCAAGGGCAGCAGCCGGGUGGGGAGCAGGCGGAAACGAUCAUUGUAAAUGUCUGUGGCCGCAUCCUGAUGAUCCAGCGCGACGUUGGCGAACAGGUGCCCAACACUCUGCUGGCCACGUGCCUGGCCAGCUGCGUCGAGGUCUUCUGGCUCUCGCACUCCCUGGAGCGCUGUGCAAUGCGUGACUGCCUGUGGCUUUACUCGGGGGCCCACGGAAUGCGCGUGUGGCUUCCUAUCCUGCCGCCGGGAAGGGAGCGCCGCGAGGGAGGGCAGGGCGGUGCCCAGCGGCUCCACAGUUUCAUGUCGAAGCGGAUCAUGCUGGGCUUUCCGCUGAAGCUCUACCCGUUGGUUGUGCUUUUCGACAACGUCAUCGUGCUGGGGGUGGAGAACGAGAGCACGCUGUACGCCAACGAGCAGGGCUCCCACUUCUCCCUUCCGUUCGCCGUGAUGGAGCGCAAGUCGCAGAUCUAUCUGCACAUGGUGCUGCGCCAGUUGAUAAAGCGGAACCUGGGAUACUCCGCCUGGGAGAUCGCGCAGUCGUGUCGCUCACUUCCCUACUUUCCGCACGCUCUGGAACUGCUCCUGCACGAGGUUCUGGAGGAAGAGGCCACCAGCAAACAGCCCAUUCCGGAUGCGCAGCUGCCCAGCAUCCUGGACUUCAUAAGGGAGUUCCCAGUCUACCUGGAGACGAUUGUGCAGUGCGCGCGCAAAACCGAGAUCGCCCUCUGGCCGUACCUUUUCUCCAUGGCCGGCAAACCCAAGGACCUGUUCCAGAUGUGUCUGCAGUCGGAGCAGCUGGACACGGCGGCCAGCUACUUGAUUAUUCUGCAGAACCUCGAGCCCUCGGUGGUGAGCAAGCAGUACGCCACCAUGCUGCUGGACAUUGCGCUCCAGCAGCGCAAGUGGGAACUGGCCAAGGAUUUGAUUCGCUUUCUGAAGGCCAUCGACCCAAAUGAGAUAGACUCGCCGCGCUCCUCGAUGGUGGUCAAUGUGAAGAUCGCUCCGCCUCCCCAGGUGAACACGCAGCAGCAGGUGAAUCAGAAUGCGGACGCCUUCAACAUGGUCCUGGGUCCCAUUGCCAGAGAGCGGAGCUUCUCCACCACGGUGACCAGCAACCUGCCCAAGGACAAGCAGGUGGCUGGCGCUUCGGGAGUGGCGCCCGUGACGGAAACGAGCAGUUCGGGAGCGCCCUCAGUGGUGCGUCGUCGGUCCACCAAGCAGCGGGAGACGUUCUGCAUUGAUCUGAUCCUGCAGCGCCAUGCUCGUCAGCUACUGCAGAAUCACAAGCUGAUGGAUUUGGGCUAUAUGUGCGCCUAUCUGGACUUCCACCUCGUCAGCUGGCUCUCGCAGGAAUCGGAGCGUGCAGCCAAACUGGACGACUUUGCCGGCGCCCUGCAGGCGCUGCACGAGGAGCUGCAGCUGCCGAGCCCAUUUCCGACUCCGGUUAAGGACGACUUUGCCCAACUUCGCGGCAGCAUUCGGCAGACGGGCGGCGGAGGUUCAUCGCAGACCUCGGAGUCUGGCUACUUCAGCCUAGCCACGCCCAACGGAGCAGCUACGCAGUCGCCACAGCUGCAGCCGGCCAUUAGGGAGGAGGAGGAAGAGCUGCAGCAGCCCAGCUCGCUGCCGGUUCUGAAGACGCGCUCCGGAUCGCAGUUGUCGUUCGACAACUUCCGCUACCGCCGACUGUACUCCUUGCCGGCGUCGGAGGAUGACCUCGCCGUGGAUCCGCUGCCCGAGAAGCUUUCCAUCAAGCUGCGAUAUCUCUUGCAGCUGUUCAUUGAAGCAAACUGCACGGACUACGCCCUGGUCCUCUCGAUCCUGCUCCAAGAUGCGGCCUCAAUCUCGCGGAUUGUGAACGGAAUCAUCCGGAGCGAGUCGGUGCACACCUGUCGCCGCACGGAGACGGCCCUCAAGCAGUUGAGUCAGAGCACCUUCGAGCACAGCGGAUCCUUGUACCGGGGAUUUGUCCUCACGCUGCAGCCGCACGUAUACCUGCUUGAACAGUACAUACAGUCGUUGGGGGACGCUGCCUGCUUGCCGCUGCAAGACGCCAGCCCGGGCGCCGAGCAGGUGGACGUCGCCCCUGGACUCCACGGACUGGAGGACGAAGAGGGUGAAUUUGUGCCAAAAUCGCAGCAGGCCAACGGAAACCCAUGGGCGGUGGCGGACCUUCGUCCAAAUCACCAGCGGCUCACGCGGCACGCAAGUCUGGAGUCGAACGGAAAUGCAGCAGUGGCCAGCGGCUCCUCCGCCCAGUCAACGCCCACCCAGCGACAGCUGCCCCGGCAGAACAGCCGAGAUCGGGAGGGCUGUCGCCUCAUGUAAGCCAAGCCGUUAGCCGCAUUCCGUGGGCUAUAACCGUACUCCACAUACUCAGCGCAAGGAUGUAGAUACGUACUCUAACGAGCAUUUCUUUGUAAGUCCGUGGUGGAAAGCGUUUUGUUGCUGUAACUCGUUGAUAAAUUUUCCGUUAAUUGUAAGCCAGCGUUCACACUCACAUUCAGACAACGAAGCGUCGCCGGCAAAAACAAAACAUAAACAAAACAAAACAAAACAAACAACCGUAUAACCGUAUGAAGCAUACGUAACGUAAUCCAUAAUUUAGUAGAUGAAAUUGCUGCAAUAUUUGUUAAUUAAAAUUAUACAAACAAUAUACUUAAAUAUACAAAUCAAAUACGAUUAUAUUUUUACUAAUAAAUGAAUCUAUUUAACAAU